CUCUCAGUUUUUCUAAUCAAAAAUGAGCCCUUAUGCCGUGACAUUGUGAAUUCGCAAUGCCGUGACCCGGAUUCGAACCGGGGUUGCUGCGGCCACAACGCAGAGUACUAACCACUAUACGAUCACGGCGAGCUACCAGGGCCGUGUUUAAAGGAGGGGACUUUGGGCUACUCAAACGUGCACAUACUGCUACGUAGUGACGUGUACACGCUAGCUAAGCGGUUUCUCUUUUGUUCUUCAAAAAGUCGUUCACGGAUGUUUAGGAACCGGUGUAAUGUGCUUGUGUUUGCUAAUUAGACAGUUUAAUUCAAUCAAUGGAAUUUUGAAAGAUUAGGAUGAACCGUUUCGGAGUCCGCAGUAUGUAUGUAUGAGAUGGGAUGGGAUGUAUAGUCAUUAUGGACACUAACGUUUUGUGGUUACAUUAUAUAGUAUAUCUGAAGAAUACGUGGAUAUAAUAGUAUAUGUAACGUUACAGCAAUAUUUGAAUAGGAUGGCAUUGACUAGAAUACAGUGUAUAUUCAUAUGAAACGGGUACAAGGCCUGCAGCCACUACGGUGCCAGGGAUAAGUAACCGGCUAGUGACAGUGACUAAGUUUAGCUAAACAAGCAUUUUUGUUUUAGCCAGACUAUAGUCAUCUAGGGGGGAAAAAAGAGCCCAUUUGCCGUGACAUUGUGUAUCGCAAUGCCGUGACCCGGAUUCGAACCGGGGUUGCUGCGGCCACAACGCAGAGUACUAACCACUAUACGAUCACGGCGAGCUACCAGGGCUAUGCGCUCGGAAGGAAGAAUUCGAUUUUUAACUGAAGCCUGCAGUGACGUGGACAAGCACAGUCAUUUCAUUUGCUUUGGCUGUGCAUGCAAGUAUUCACAUUGUUAGUUAGUUGUCCAAGCCGUUGUAAUAUUUCACUCAACGUAAUUGAUUUAGGUUUGAAAUAUAUAUAUAAUCUGCUACUAUGCAAACAGUAUAGUUUAUUUUCAUAGAUAACGUUAGCUAGUACUAGCAAAAUAUUUAUUUACAUUUUAUUUGUUUAUUUAAUCUCUAUUUUAUCAUGAAGUCAUACUGAGACCAAUAUCUAUUUUACAGAUGAGCCCUAAAUUACCGAAAUACACACGUUCAAAAUACAAAUGAAAUGCAAGCAGAAAGAAAAACUGAUGAAUAAAGAUAUUCAUCAGUAAUAAGGUCCUCAAUCAGCUUUCUGAAUUGACCUACCAAAACAUCCAAUUGAAGAACCAUUAACAACUCAAUAGAGACCGAAGGAAUUUCCAAUUAGCCAUCCCUGAGACCAGGCUGUAGUCUUACAUGCAGCCUGGGCCAAUUGAAGAAAGCCUCUGAAUUACCAGAGGAUACUCCAGAGCUGUGAUAAUGAAUGGAAAACUCAUCCCUCAUACUCCACUGGCUGUGGACUUCUGGCAGGUUAGGAAGUGUCCGCAUGUCCGCCUGUUCUUCCUGUCCCAUAUGCACAGUGACCAUACCGUGAGCCUGACCUCGACCUGGGCCAACAGACCAAUCUACUGUUCACCGGUUACUGCCACGCUGCUCAAACUCAAACUACAGGUCGGAGAGAGAUGGAUCCAUCCUCUGGAGAUAGGGGAACCCAACACGUUGCCUCUGGAUGAUAUAGGCAAGGAGAGGUUGACCGUCACUCUCAUGGACGCUAACCACUGUCCAGGGGCCGUCAUGUUCCUGUUCCAAGGAUACUUUGGCACCAUACUCUACACUGGAGAUUUUCGCUACACUCCGUCCAUGCUGCGUGAGCCGUGUCUAAGGACCAACACCACUAUAGAUGUCCUGUACCUGGACAACACUAACUGUGACCCCACACGCACCCUGCCCUCCAGACAACGAGCCACUCAGCAGAUCAAAGAGAUCAUCCGUAGCCAGCCCAAGCACAAUGUUGUCAUUGGCCUCUACACUCUGGGUAAGGAGUCUCUAUUGGUACAGUUGGCCAUGGAGUUUAAGACCUGGAUUGAAGUGUCCAUCGAGAGGCUAAAGACUCUCAGAGCCCUGGAGCUACCAGAUGUCUUCACCACUGAGCCAGGGGCGGGUCGGAUCAGGGCCGUGGACCAGUCAGAGAUCCGCUCCACCAACCUCCUCCGUUGGAACAGGGAACACCCCACCCUGGCCAUCCUGCCCACCAGCAGACCCCUGGUCUCCUUCCAUCCUAACAUCCACGUGGUGCCUUACUCUGACCACUCCUCUUACCAGGAACUGGAGGACUUUGUCUCGGCCCUGCAGCCCACCACCCUGGUCCCCAUCGUGGGCAGACUUACCUCUGGCAUCCCCUCCUUCUCUGCCCUGCUGCCUAGGAGAAAACGCCACGAAGUCCUGGUUCCCGAGUCAGUCCGGCGCUACAUGAAGGGCCGGCCCGAGUUGCCGGUUCAAGACCCUGGGCAGUCCAGCUUCCUGGGUUACAGUAACCUGCUGCGGAGGCCUAUCCGACCCCCUCCACCCAGAGGGGUGGUGUUUGAGUCCCCCCCUAAGGCCCCCUCCAGAGACUCCAGACCUGGGUCGGUGGUGGACGAAGCCUGGGAGACAGGGUCCAUGGAGCAUCCUCAUCAGGAGGAAGAGAUGGACACUGAGUUGGAUGCAGAUAAAGAUGGAGAAGAUUCAGACUGUAUACUGAUGGAUCUGAGUAAAGACCACAGCCCUAACAAAGACACAUGGCCCAACCCCAGCCUGACCAGAGACCCCAGCCCCAGCCUGACCAGAGACCCCAGCCUGACCAGAGACCCCAGCCCCAGCCUGACCAGAGACCCCAGCCUGACCAGAGACCCCAGCCUGACCAGAGACCCCAGCCCCAGCCUGACCAGAGACCCCAGCCCCAGCCUGACCAGAGACCCCAGCCUGACCAGAGACAGAGCCCCAUGGAGCCUGAAUCUGGUCCACAGGGUCUCCGAGAACCUGGAUUUGGAGGAGAGUGUCCCUUUCAGUCAAUUCACCCAGAGUAACUUCACACUCAUGGAGGUCCUGAGAAACACUGCCAUUUCACUGAGGCCCAGAGCUGUGAGAGAGGAGACCCAUCCUCAGUAUUUGCCUCGUGACAAUGACAAUAUGGCCGCCUCAAACUGUAACUUAAACGCAGUACCAGUUAACAUAAGCAGUUCCCACAAUGGACAUCCAGACCAGGAGAUAGAACAUCUUCCAUUACCUCUUCUAAGCCUGAGCCCCUGUUCCAGUGACAGUACAUGUGGGAACACUAGUGACCCCACUGAAACGCAUACACAACCUGAACCUACAGAAGACUGUGAGACGUCUCUUCUGCUGUCCCUCCCUUUCUCUGAGGAGGACGUGUCUGUCUCUGGUUGCUAUAGGAACAUGCUUGUUGACCGGAGCUUUUUGGGAAAGUUCAGCCUCUCUCCUUCAGAUUUGGAGUAGGGUGAAGUUGCCCGAGCCUAGACACUGAUCUCGGGUCAGUUUUUCAAUUUCCCCCCACUAAUGGCUAAGGGUAUGAUUGGGAGAGGUGAAGCUGAUCCUAGAUCUGUACCUAGGGGGAGCCUUCCAGUGAGGGAAUAGAAGUCUUCAGUUCCACUCUGCUGUGGAGAGGGACCUUAGCUGCUGACGCCAGACAGAGGACAAUGUGAAUACUAACAUGUCAACCUUCUUUCCUCCACAUUCCUUAAGAAAACUUGUACUGUUGUUUUUUUUUUUUUUUUUGCUAUGUCAGAUGGAGAUUUUCCAUGUAAAUUUGUUUUUGGGUUCAGGACUGCGCUUAAUCUGUGUCUGGGGAAACUGGCCCGUUAUAUUUGACUUUUAAGUGAAGUGCAUAUUUCACUGUGUCAUUUAAUUUCUGACAUGAUUGGUGUUUAUACAGGUGCAGUAUUUACUCAGCUCUCACCUACUCUGUUAUGGCUAGGUUGUAUGUUGCAUGGAUUCAUGUCAUUUCCCGUAAUGUGCCACAGUGUCUGAACCAUGUUUUAAAUGUGACUCAUUGGUGAAAGGCUACAUCCUGUAGUCCAUGUGUUCUAUGCCUUUUAACGCUUUUCACAGUUCACUAUUGAUUAUAUAUAUAUAUAUAUCAUAUAUACACUGAGUAUACCCAAACAUUAGGAACACUUUCCCCCCGACUGGUGUCAAGCUCCCUGCCAUCCAGGACCUAUAUGUCAGACAGAGGAAGGCCUGAAAAACUGCCAAAGAUUCCAGCCACCAAAGGCCAUAGACUGUUCAUUCUGGUACCGUCCGGCAAACGGUCCUGGUGCAUCGGCUCCCAUACCAACAGGCGCUGAGACAGCUUCUACCCCCAAGCCAUUAGACUGUUAAAUAGUUAAUUAAAUGGUUACCUGGACUAUCUGCACUGACCUUAUCUUGUACUGACUCAAUGCACACUCACAAGACUAUAUAUACUGAGUGUACAAAACAUUAGGAACACCUUCCUAAUAUUGAGUUGCACCCCCUUUAUGCCCUCAGAACAGCCUCAAUUCAUCGGGGCAUGGACUCUACAAGGUGUCGAAAGCGUUCCACAGGGAUGCUGGCCCAUGUUGACUCCAAUGCUUCCCACAGUUGUGUCAAGUUGGCUGGAUGUCCUUUGGGUGGUGGACCAUUCUUGAUACACACGGAAACUGUUGAGCAUGAAAAUCCCAGAAGCAUUGUAGUUCUCGACACAAACAGAUGUGCCUGGUACCUACUACCAUACCCAGUUCAAAGACACUUAAAUGUUUUGUCUUGCCCAUUCACCCUCUGACAGGCAUGCAUACACAAUCCAUGUCUCAAUUGUCUCGAGGCUUAAAAAUCCUUCUUUAACACGUCUUCUCCCCUUCAUCUACACUGAAGUGGAUUUAACAAGUGACAUCAAUAAGGGAUCAUAGCUUUCACCUGGUCAGUCUGUCAUGGAAAGAGCAGGUGUUCCUAAUGUUUUGUACACUCAGUUUACUGUUGAUUAAAAUGUUACCUAUCUCACAGUCACUGUUCAUUUAAAAAAGUAUUGCUACCAUGGAAUUGAAAUAUAUGGAGAAAUAUAUGUAAAAUAAAGUUUAAAAUGUU